UUUCUAGAAAGAACCACUGAAUUCUAGGGGAGGGAGUAACGUUAUUGGCUAUUUAAAGAGGGCGCUGGAAAGACUGAACACGCACUUGAGUUUAGAUUAGCGGUUUAGGCUAUAGCACGGAUAUCAGCGUGCAUACACUGUAGGGUAGGCAUUGUUAGCUAUCAAUGUUCAUAAUAGCGACGGAUUCCACCCGCUAACGCCAUAUUCUGGGAUUUCGUUCUCGGAAGCUGACAGCGCCCAGCAACAGUGCUGACAAAUCUGUUUUUUAUUGCAGUGGACUAUUAGCCUACAUUAAACGCUAGAGACUUUGGGCUGUUUGGAGGAAGAUGGGAAAGGAUUAUUACAAAAUACUGGGGAUCCAGAAAGGAGCGGCGGACGAGGAUAUAAAAAAGGCAUACAGAAAACAAGCUCUGAAAUGGCAUCCUGAUAAAAACAAAGCAGCCAAUGCAGAGGAGAAAUUCAAGGAAAUCGCCGAGGCAUACGAAGUUCUGAGCGAUCCCAAGAAGAGGGAAAUCUAUGACCAAUAUGGAGAAGAAGGUCUCAAAGGAGGCGGAGGAACUACAGACGGUCAGGGGGGCAACUUCACCUACACGUUCCACGGUGACCCCCACGCCACGUUUGCCACGUUCUUCGGGGGCGCCAACCCCUUCGAGAUGUUCUUUGGCCGAAAGGCGGCCAACGGGCGUGAGGAGGAGGACAUGGAGGUGGACGGUGACCCCUUCGGCUCCUUCACCAGCUUCAACCUCAACAGCUUCCCGCGGGAGCGGCACAUGGGCGGGGGCCCCAUGCGGCGCAAGCAGGACCCAGCCAUCCACCACGAGCUGCGCGUCUCCCUGGAGGAGAUCUUCCACGGCUGCACCAAGAGGAUGAAGAUCUCCCGCAAGCGGCUGAACCCAGACGGGCGCACCAUGCGUACCGAGGACAAGAUCCUCACCAUCGAGAUCAAGCGGGGCUGGAAGGAGGGCACCAAGAUCACCUUCCCCCGGGAGGGCGACGAGUCACCCGGCACCAUACCCGCCGACAUAGUGUUCGUCAUCAAGGACAAGCCCCAUGCCCACUUCCGGCGUGAGGGAUCGAACAUUGUGUACCCGGUGCGGGUUAGCCUACGGCAGUCAUUGUGUGGCUGCUCAGUCACCGUGUCAACAAUAGAUGGGAAAUCGUGUAACCUGAAGGUAACUGAAGUCAUCAAACCGGGGAUGAGAAAGACUGUUGCGGGACAAGGACUUCCUUUUCCCAAAAACCCGGACCAGAGGGGAGACUUGGUGGUAGAGUUUGAUGUGAAUUUUCCGGACAGCCUCCCAUCCAACUCAAAGGAUGUUCUGAAACGUCAUUUACCAGCCUCGUAGAAGGAUUGGACUGGACAAAUGGGUGCUGCAAUGGCAGUGCACCAUUCCUUGGACUACUUGUAAACCCUUACAAAGAAUGUGCAAUUUAUAUUUUUAUCUAUAUUGUGUUUAUUUUUAAAUAUCCUGCAUGCAACAAUGAUUAAGUGAAAGUAAAGUUUUUGAUGUCUGAAUGUAAACCUUAAAUGUGUUUCAUUUCCCUG